AUGCGGCUCGGUAGCCGCUGGUUGGCGCUGCUGGUGGCCUCCACCUUGGUAGCGCCUUCGUCGGCCUUCUCCUUCUCGUCUCUCUUCGGUAACGACGACGAGGACUCGUCGAGUUCUUCAACACCCAAGCCCACCACCUCCCGGAACGACUCGGCAGUCGAUAGGCCCAAUGUACCAGUUCGCCAACCUCUACUUAAACCAACCGACUGGUUUCUCACGGAAGAGGAGAUCACGGACUCACGCGGCGGCGUACCGAGAGAUGGCUUGGCCGUCUACACAACCGGCAACAAGGUGACGUCGCUUACGGUGGCCAACGAGUUCUUCGAUGCAACGUACGACGAUUUCCUCGCAACGAAGGAGGGCGACCGCGUCUUGCUGUCGGCGUGGGGAGUGAGCUUGGUUCCGCUUAAGCCGGACAUUGACCCUACGGGCAAGACCACGGGCGUUCACGAGAUGGUGGCGGGCGUCGUGGGGCGAGGUGCGAGUUUCCACAUCAUGGGGUGGUCCAACAUCUUACAUCGGAGGAUCAACAUCGAAGCUCGAGACGACAUCAACAGGAUCCCAGCGUCUACAGUCAAUGGCGCCGAGGCGUUGUACAUUUUCGACGAUCGAGUGCGAACCAUGACGUCGUCCCACCACCAGAAGACGCUCAUCUUCGCAGCCAACAGCUCGUCCGACAAGAAAGACCAGCCCGUGGCGUACGUAGGGGGACUUGACUUCACUAAAGACCGGUGGGAUACCAUUUAUCACAACAACUCGGCCAUACGCGAUGCUGCAGGCAUCACGAUCGAGCGCAAGGGCUGGCUGGAUGCCCAUGUGAGGGUCCAUGGACCGGCGGCGAAGGAUGUGGCCAACAACUUCUUAGCUCGAUGGAACUCAGCCUACCUGCCUUGUCAGGGUCUGGAUGAUGAUUUACUAGACUUCACGAACCCGACAUACAAGAGUCUACCGCCUCUGGACUACGUCAGUAGCAAUACUACAUCGAAUAUCGGGAAGCAGAGCAUCCAGAUCGUGCGGACUUUCAGCUGUAAGUAUGAACACUACAAGGAGUUCGCGCCGAAAGGAGAGAACUCGCUGUUCAAGGCGCGUCUGAAGGCCAUCAAGAACGCGAAAAACUACAUUUACAUUGAAGACCAGUAUUUUGUCCUCGUGCCUGAACUGAGAGAUGCAUUGCUGGAGGUCUUGCCGAAGAUCCAGCGCCUCAUUGUCGUCGUAAACGAGUUGGAGCUCGAGUACCAAGUGACGGGCUACGGGAGGUAUCUGUACGACAUGGUUUCUCCUCUACUGAAGGCCAACCCAAACAAGUUCACCAUUUACAUACCCAAGAAGAAGUUGAACCUCUACAUCCACAGCAAGAUCGUGAUCAUCGACGACGUCUAUCUAUCGGUUGGGUCAGCCAACUGGAAUCGCCGGGGAAUGACGUCCGAUUCGGAGAUCAACGCCAACAUCGUGGACGCCGACACGGUUGAAUCUCCUGAUGGCGUCACUGUGAACAGAAUUGCUCGUGACUUUCGUAUCCGGAAGUUCCAGGAGAUGACAGGGCGUAGCUACGAUGAACUCGAUGCCAUGACACUCUCGAAGGCUUUUAAUGCGUUCGAAGCUGCUGCGUCGGAUGCAUCGACUAUACUGCAGCAUUUGACACUUAGCUACCACUUUUACUACGCCACCUUCAUAGACCUCAUCCGCCAAAAAGUGGACCCACAAGAUACCUGUUCUUUCAUUAAGUAA